GAGCGUAUGAAGGUACAAUAUUGUAAACAGUUCCAUCAUGUUUUUUAAAUGAUAGUGGUAUAGCAUAAGCGGUGGUAUAGCAUUACCUGUUAAUUAACUAAAAUCCAUUUUGUCUGAACUGUACGCAAAACGAAAAAUCAGCCCCUAAUUCCAAGCCUACAAGGCAGAAAUGGCCAACCCUCUGAGGAGUGCUGUGGUCAAACUGUACAAAAAUCUGCUGUAUGUUGGACGGGAGUACCCCAAAGGGAACGACUACUUCAGAGAACGGCUGAAGGCUGCGUUCAUGAAGAAUAAGGAUGUGACAGACCCCGAAAAGAUAAAGCAACUGAUUGCACGAGGGGAGUUUGUCAUGAAAGAGUUGGAGGCUUUGUAUUACCUUAGGAAGUACAGAGCCAUGAAGAAGCGCUACUACGACUCUGAAGGUUCAGAAUAAAUAAGGCAAGGCUAGCGAAUGUGUAAUUGUAACCAUCCGCUUUGCUGUCAUUCGAAAGCAUUCGUCAUGCUGACGACCCACGAUGUUGCCGUUUGAUUGCCUCCUACCUGCCAGGCCAAGGUUGUCCGCGUUGUUGCACUUCAGAAGUUGAAGUAUGUCCAUGUGUACACAAGGGUUUAGCUACUGGAAAGUAUUCAUGUUGUAUAAAGUGUUUCAAACAAAAACUCUCAAGUUUCCCCAAGUUGUACGAUGUAAAGUAUUUAACCAGAAGGGGAAUAUAGUGAUGUCAUUCUGACAGCCCCCUAACAACUACGGCACGUGCUCCACCUGUCUAUUCCGUACCAAAAUGGUAAUUUCCUUUUUGUGUAUAUAUAUAUAAAUAAAUCCUCGUUUGCAAUAAAAGUUUAUGGACAAA